UCUUGCAGUCUUUAUUAGACACGAAGCUAAAAAUAAUUAUGUUCCAGUCACCACUUUAAGUAUUAUAUCAAUUUUUUCGAGUUUCUAUUUCAUAAAAUACUUUUGGAGUAUUUCUUUGGAAUCAUUGACUGAAAAUGGUUGGAUAUUUGCUUUAGUUAAGCAAAUCACAAUAUCAGAAUUCUACUCUAAUUUUUAUUUUAGAUUAAUCAGUUGGGGAGCAAUAGGAAAAACUAUCCCUACAAUGCUUACUCUCAUAUUAUUUAUGAUGUUGAGCACCCAUAUAAAGAUUAGUGAAUUUGAAGCUUCAAUUUAUGGCCAUCAAAUAGAUAUAGAUCAUGAAUUGAUUGUUCAAGGAGCUUCUAAUUUAAUUUCUGGAAUUUUUUUUGGGCAUUUACAAG